ACGUCACCCGCCCGGUUAUAUUUUGGCAUUGCACUUCAAUAGAGUCUGCUGUCUGUAGUACCCAAUCGGGUAGCGACAGUGAUGUACCUUCACCAUGGCAGUGACUUUGUAUACUGAUUUAGGAGAUAUUAAGAUUGAACUUUUUUGUGAACGAACGCCAAAGGCCUGUGAGAAUUUCCUUGCACUUUCUGCUAGUGGAUAUUAUAAUGGCUGCACCUUCCAUCGUAAUAUAAAAGGAUUUAUGGUACAAACGGGGGAUCCCUCAGGCACAGGCAAAGGUGGGACAAGCAUUUGGAAUCGGAGGUUUGAAGAUGAAUUUAGUGAAUAUCUUAAGCAUAAUGUCAGGGGUGUUGUAUCGAUGGCAAGCAGUGGACCCAAUACCAAUGGCUCUCAGUUUUUUAUUACAUAUGGUAAACAGCCACACUUGGAUAUGAAGUACACUGUAUUUGGAAAGGUUAUAGAUGGACUAGAAACAUUAGACGAGUUGGAAAAGCUCCCAGUCAAUGAAAAGAAUUUUCGUCCUCUGAAUGAGGUGCAUAUCAAGGAUAUUACGAUACAUGCAAAUCCUUUUGCUUCCUAAUAUGAAAAUAUGUCUAUAGUGACUUAAAAUGAACUGUUAAAAAUAAGGAUUUUUU